AUGUCGUUUGCGGGUGACGGACAGCUGGUGCGGGUCACCCGGACGUUUCUGGAAGUUGUUGACAUUGUUCAGGGCAGCGACAUGGGUGGUGCUGUUGCCUGCCGGAGUCGAACCAUGCCAUCGCUUCCCAGCCUGGGGCUUGACUUCGAGGCCUCGUCAACGGAGAAGGAUGAGCCCGCAGCGGGCCCCGCUCUUCUGGCACAGCCGAGCUCCGAGGAGCACCGGCCGGAUCAAGAGCAGCGGCUCACCGUGCGUGUGGUGCGAACAUUCCUGGAAUUCGUUCCUGAUGCGACCGACGACGACAAGAGAGUAAACGAACCGCUGCAGAGCGUGACCAUGCCCGUGCUUCCGUACCUCGGGUUUGACCUCGAGGGGGAGGAGGAGGCUUCGUCACGGGAGGAGGAGGACGAGCCCGCAGCGGGCCCCGCUGUUCUGGCACAGCCGAGCUCCAAACAGGCCACGUGCCACGAUGAAGAUCAUCGGCUCACCGUGCGUGUGGUGCGGACAUUCUUGGAAUUGGUUUCUGAUGUGACCGAUAAUGAUGAGAUUGCCAACGAACGGCUGAAGAGCAUGACUAUGCCCCUGCUUCCCAUCCUCAAAGAAGUCGAGGAGGAGGAGGCUUCGUCAAGCGAGAAGAAGGACGAGCCCGCAGCGGGCCCUGCUGUUCCGUCAUGGCCGAGCUCCGGGGGAGCACCAGAGCGGGAGCUGGAAAGCCGGCUGAUGAUGCCGCAUUCAUUCUGGGCAGCGCCCCUAUGUCCUGGGCCCGUCGAACCAGUGCACGAGGAUCCGGAUCAGGUCUCACUGCAACUUCAUUCUGCGGAUCUGCAGAUGCGGGAGGUCGUGCCACAACAUGCCGACAGGUAUUCGGGUCCGUUCCCAGUGCGCAUGGUUGAGCAACACAACAGCGGCCGAUGCUUCCCCUGCCUGUUCUUCACACGCAGAGGAGAUGGCUGCAGGCAGGGUGACCGUUGCACGCACUGCCACGUCUGCAGGCCAGAUGAGAUUCGCCGAAGGAGGAAUCGUAUCGCUGCGGAGGUGAAGAGAGAAAAGAAGCUCGCCAGCGCUGGCGCCAAGCAUCAGCACCGCGGCUUGGCCCUCAAAUGA